UUCCCGAAGUUCUUUCUUUUCUUUUCUUUUCUUUCUUUCUUUUUUUUUUUUUUCCUGCAACUGAAAUCCCAAAAAUUCAGUUGGAAUAACAUCCAAUUGAAUCCACUCCCAACGCAUUACGUGAGGGUUUGUAAAUCUACGGGGAAAAAAAGAAAAAAAAUUUCCAAAGCCUUGAUAGUGCACUAAAUUCUUGCAGAUACGGAAACCGCAUAAUUCGCAUUCAGUAGUCACAAACGCAGCGGAUUACAGAUGCAGUAACUUAGGGUUUGAAGAGCAUUUUGGAUUGAGGCAAACUGGCGAAGUUACUAGAUAUGAGUAGAAGGUGUUCUCAUUGCGGACACAAUGGCCACAACUCCAGAACAUGCCCGGACAGAGGCGUUAAGCUCUUCGGAGUGAGGCUUACAACAGAAGGAUUGAUGAGGAAGAGCGUUAGCAUGGGAAAUCUUAUGCAUUAUACGGCUUCAGCUUCCUCAGCUAAUAAUGAUAAUAGUAACAAUAGUAAUUUGGCUUUAACGCCUGAGCAGUCUGAAUCUGGAGCCGCAGAUGACGGCUAUGUUUCGGACGGCAUGGUCCAGAGCUCCAAAUCUCGUGAGAGGAAAAAAGGUGUUCCGUGGACAGAAGACGAGCAUAAGAUGUUUCUGCUGGGACUGCAGAAGCUCGGGAAGGGCGACUGGAGAGGCAUUUCGAGAAACUUCGUCACAUCGAGGACUCCUACUCAGGUUGCGAGCCACGCUCAGAAAUAUUUUCUAAGGCAGAGCAAUUUGAACAAGAGGAAACGCCGCUCCAGCCUUUUCGACAUAGCGGCCGAUGCUGCUGCAGAUUACCAUCAAGGAAUCCCACAGUUUUCAGCGGCCGUCCGCGAGCACAAUUCUAGAAACUUCUUCGAAAGUGGACCGCCGAAUUUCGCCAUGUCUAUGGGACCAUUUUCUCUGCCGUCAUUUUCACCAUCGCUAAUUAAUCCACAUCCUCUAUCUUUGACAACUUCGAAGGCAGAAAAUCCCAUCGUCGACAAAAUAGCAGGAGAAAAAGCCGCAUUCUCCAUCCUAAAAAUGGUUGAACGUCAAGACUCUAGAGAGCCCAUUAAUUCUGCUUGCCAUUAUUCAUUCCCUCUAAGGUUGGGGCCAGAAUUAGCUACAAACACAAGGCAUGUCACUAAAUCAAGUGCAGCCACAAAGCCGCCAAAUUUAGAGACAAAAGAAUCUAUUGAAAAUAGUGGGUUAAACCUUAGCAUAGCUCCUCCAUGUGCCGAUCUUUCCAACAAUAUCGGAUCCAAUAGCAAUGCUAUUAGAGUAUUAUAGCUCAUCUAGAUUUGUCUAAAGAUGAAUUUAAAAUGUUUCCUGGCCAGUAUGGAUUUGCGGCCAGUGCAAGACAGCUCUGUUAUUAUUGUUGUUAUUUAGUGCUAGAUGCUUAGAAUAUAAGUUUCGAUUGUCUUCGAGAAUAUCCCACUAGCUUGUUAUUGGUGCAUUUCUUUUUAAUCAAGAAAACGAAAUAUUUGUCUU